GGCAUCUUCAAUCUUCAACAUUUGUGAAGUAUUUUGAAGGAGUUCUGUAUCCAUUUCACGUUUUCUCAACUUCAAAUAUUAGUAAGAUGGCAUCAAGUACAGGGCGUAAACCUAAGAUGGUUGUAUUUGAUCUUGAUUACACUCUAUGGCCAUUUUGGGUUGACACUCAUGUGGAUCCACCAUUUCAGAAGAGAAAGUCAGGUGAAGUAGUUGAUCGUCAUGGACGACAUGUGAAACAUUUUCCAGAAGUGCCAAAGAUACUACAGAGGUUGAAGUCUGAAGGCUUUAUCAUAGCUGUUGCUUCAAGAACUGCCUGUACAAAGGAAGCUAACUCUCUUAUAGCUUUGUUUGAUUGGGAUAAAUACUUUACAUACAAAGAAAUCUACCCAGGCUGUAAAAUUACACAUUUUAACAAAUUUAAAAGUGCUAGUGGACUUCCAUUUGAGGACAUGUUGUUUUUUGAUGAUGAAUAUAGAAAUAUACGAGAUUUGUCUAAAGUUGGUGUGACAUGUUAUUAUGUGGACGAGGAUAUAGGAGUAACAGAAAAAGUGAUAGCCGAAGGUUUCCAGCAGUUUGCUGACGGCAUCAAGGCGGCCAGAUGACCACAACUGACUUUAGAUGACUUUAAUCUAUGUUUUCUGUGAUAAACUCAGAGUUUUACUAGGUUGAUUUCUGUUUUUUUUAAACCUGACUUUUUACUGUGUUCAUGAAUAUUUGGAUAUUCUUUAUAUGAAAGACGAAAGGAAAUGAAGUUACAAGGUAGUGAAGUUAUAGAAAUAGUUUUAAUUAUUGGCCUUAGUUUCUAUUGAAGAAUAUUUAUUUUUAAUUAAUCUUGUAAAUUGAUUGUUAUCAUAUUGUUAUGUAAGUUAAAUAGGAAAUUAAUUUGUUUGACAGUAUCAAAGAUUUUUAUUAACUGGAAUAACAAAAGUGAAAAACAUAUCACUGAUAUAUAAUAAAAAUCAUUUAUCAAAAUUUAAAUUACUAAGGACACAUACAUCAUAAACAGUGCUUCACCUAGAGAACAGAAACAAUUUAAAGACAGAUUUUUAAUUCUGUCAUCUUGUCAUGAAUAUGUUUAGUUAGAGUUGUCUCUCUUUGAUGUUAAUUUAAAAUACAUGAUUGUGUUUACAUAUCACCAGGUGCUAGUCAUGAUCUUGUUUAAAAUUGUAGAUGUUAACAUUCAACAAAAUGCUUUUCUGUAUAAAAUGAAAACCUCCAUGUUUUAGGCUUUUGACUGUCUCUGAUGUUACUUUGGUAAUUUUACAUUCUCAGAUUGUGGUUUUAGGUUUUGUCUCUGAUGUUACUUUGGGAAUUUUACUCUAAGAUUAUGGUAUUAGGUUUCUGACUCUCAGAUAUUGUUUUAGGCUUUUGACAAGAUAAAGCUAUUAUGUAGAUGUAAGAAUUAUAGUUUCUGACACAUGCACACUAGGGGCGUCUGUGGCCGAGUGGUUAAGGUCGUUGACUUCAAAUCACGUCCCUCACCGCUGUGGGUUCGAAUACCGACAGGGACUUGUGAGGAAGCUAUCCAGCUAGCUUACGGAACGUCAGUGGUUCUACUCAGGUGCCUGUUCGUGCCUGAAGUAAUGCACGGAAGGGCACCUGAGGUCUUCCUCCACCAGUAAAGCUGGAACGUCGCAAUAUGACCUAUACUGUGUCAAUGUGACGUAAAACCCAAAACAAACAAAACGUGCACAUUAUAAUUUGAUUUUAAAAUAAAAUUAUUAUUUAUUAUUAAUGUGCAUUUAGGAUUAAGGGGUUUGUUAUUAUAACUGCAGUUGUAGUCAUAUGAGGUAGACUUAAUAAAUAAAUACAUGUUUAAUUCUCAGGUUUCAAUACAUUAUUAUUGUUCUCAAAGCGUCUCCCCCUUUUUCAGAACAUGGAGGUUUCAUAACUUUUUAAAAUUCAUUUUAAUCACUUAACAAUGUUCACAUUGUAAUCUCUAAAGAAUUAGAUACAUGUAUUUCUAUAUAAAUGUACUAAGUGGA